AUCUCGAGAAGAUCUGGACCUUCCUUGCGGCCAACCCGCCGCCCAAAAAUCUCAAAGGCGGCCCUGCAAACGACGAGCUCCAAGAAGCCGUCACGUGUUGCAAGUUGCAGAAGAUGUACAACUCCAACCAAGUGAAGCGUCUCGUUCGUCCGCAUCCACAAUACGUUGUUUGGGAGAAUAUCGUGAUCAAACACCUCAAGGGCAUGACAUGCAAGCAGUACUUCGGCUAA